ACAUUCAUCCCCACGACGACCAACGGAAGUACCUACUUCUUGAAUUCACAAAUUGAGAACAUCGAUUUCUUGUACUAUUUUCUUGGAUCGCAAUUAAGUUCGAGGAUCUAGCCUACGAUAUAAACCCGGGAGACUGUUCUCACGGACGUGGCUCAUCUGAGUCCGUCACAUGCGCGUCGCUGCAGCUUUGUCUUAAGGCGUUAGUUCCCCAUCCCUCGAUCUGCCUCUCCAACAGCCAGAGACCGCAGGACGUCGGAAUUACCCCCCGUAAAUCAAAUCAAAUCAAAACAUACCGUAACUCCUCCACUUCCUACCUAGGCAGGCAGAGAUGGAGGGCACAAUAGAAGAGGGCGCCUCCCAAGCCCCUUCAGAAGCAAACGGCCUCUUCCGGAAAUUCGACGACUACCCAUGGGUCAAAGACCGGCAAUUCCUCCAAGGCCUAGCAGCGAUGCUCGGCCCCCUAGUCCCGAGCACCGACCCGGACCGGGCCACAGCCAUCUCGGUCCAGGCCCGCAUCUGGUGGUUCCAGGGCCGGCUGGACGCGCACAUCGACCCGGCCGCCUACGCCGCCCACCUCGCGGCCACGCCCACCGCCGCCGCCGCCCGCCCCGACCGCCUCAUCCUCGCCCGCAUCGAGGACAUUCAGCGCCGCCUGGGCAUGGCGGCGGCAGGCGACGGCGACGGCAGGGCGUCGUUGCCGUCCUGGCAGCUCCACGCCCCCAGGGCCGACCUGGGCGUCAAGGCCGUGGAUGGGGCUGCCGCCGGCGGGCGCGGCCGUGGGGACGAUGCGGGGACGACGGGGACGGGGACUGGCCCGGACGCGCCUUACCCGGAGCAGUUCAGGGCCGUGAUCGAGGCCGUUACGUCGGGAAAACCGGUCCCUGGCGUGAGGGAGAUUCCCAAUACCGUCAUCCGGCAGGCUGGCAUAACUCCCGUCGGCAAGAUGCAAGCUCCACGGAAGCCGUGGGAGAGGCAGGCGCCCAGGGCCGGGGCUACGAGCACCAGCGGUGGCGAGGGUGCUGCUCGGACGACCGGGGAGGGCGGCGAGGAUCCUCUCCCCCGGGACGUUCUCGACCGGGAGUUUCCUCCCGUGGAAGACGAUGGCCGUGAGGAGGAGGAGGAGAGUGGGACGGUAGCGGCGAGGUGACCGAACGAAAUAUUUGGCAUCAUGUGUUCCAGCGGCGUUAGGGAGACAUUCAUGGGCAAUUUCGACAUUCUACUUGUUGUUCGAUGAAGCAGAUGGAAAAUAGAAGCAAUGAAAGGGGGUAGAUGAGCAGUACCCGACUUCUCUCGCAAGUCACGCGAAAGGGGCUAAAGGGGAAUACAAAUCUGUAACAUACGCUCCGGUCGACCCAAAUAUUGUCACUGUCGCAGGUCCAAGCAAAAACACAACUGCUCAGAUCUUAUUUACGUUUUCAACGUCUACCUCGUUACUCCCGUAUAUAUACAGAAUGAUGCAGCAACACC